UUCUAGAGUCCGUUGCCUUCAACAGCACGUUUGAGUACAUCACUAGAUGGGAGGGCAUUUUCGUUUGAACCAAAAUCACAAAGAUUUGCUAUGAAAAGAUUCAGAAAAUUUGAGGGAAUACAAUAUCACUUCAAUACAUCCCAAAGUUAUCGUUAAUUCUUAGCUUAUCGAAGAACAAUAUUUGUUUCUAUUUUCCUGAAAUUUGCACUAAUUGAAACAUGAUGGCUGACGACUCGAAGAAGACUUCUGACUCGGAAAUAAAGCCCGAAGUGGAAGAAGCGCCCAACACAGAUGCAGCAAAGUCUUCUGUUCUGGAAGAAACCGGCGGCGGUGGUGGCAGCGGAUGGGGCGGAUGGGGUUUUUCUCCAUUUUCUUACCUGUCAGAUCUUCAGAAAGCUGCUACUCUGGCCGCUGAAGAGAUCUCUCGCAAUGCUGUUGAGGCUGCUAAGACAGCGGCAAAGAGCAUUUCAGAAACUGUGGCUGAAGAUUCAGAAUCCUCUAAGGAAGAUCAUGUAGAAGCAUCAGCUGUUGAAGAGGAAAGUGACAAUGAGAAUGACGAGAAGCGCAGAGCAGCUCUGGAUAAACUGGAGAAAGCCAGCGAAGAAACCUUCCUUAGCCAGGGUCUGAAGGUUUUUGAUACAUCAAUGGAGUCAUUUGCUUCAGGAGCUUGGCAAGCUCUCGGAACUGCAUGGAAAGGAGGAGCCACUUUAGUUCACAAGAUUGAGGAUUCAGCUUCAAGUUUAGCUGAUUCAAUUCAACAUGGCGGUCUACCCGGGCCAACUAGUACUGUUGCACCAUCUUUAUUGGAGACUGGAAAAGCUUUUACAGUAAAGGGUAUACAAGUGCUUGAGCAAGUUGGAAAAGAGACAAUUGAUCUUUUAAUUUCAGAAACUGGCAUUCAAGUUGAGAAAAAAUCUGAUGGAGUAGUGGAUGAAGAUCAAUUGUUUGAAGAAGUUACAUUUGACAGAUGCUUUUAUAUAUAUGGAGGUCCAGAGCAGUUGGAGGAGUUGGAGGCACUAUCCAACCAUUACGCUCUAUUAUAUAACCGAAGAAAGGCUAAACUCUCUUCUGAAGAAAAAUCUAUUUAUGAUGGAAAGCUUAAAGAAGUCCAACACAUAUUUGACUUGGGUGCUGAACUUGAUAGAAGUGUUACAGACGCUGAAAAGGGAAAGGAAAUAGAGGCUGGAAAUGCUGACAACAUCGAUGAAUUGAAAAUAUUGCAUGAUUCCAGUGUUCGUAAGGCUGCUGAAUUGGCUGCCGGUUUUGCGAGUGCUUUGGCUGGACUGGCUCCAAAUGACAUAGUUCAGAGAACUUCUGGGAGGCUUGAUAGUCUUCAUUCAGAGGGUGUUCAUAGGCUUUCUGAAAUGUGCUGUUUUGCUGUAACUCAACUCCUGAUGCUUGGGAAGUCCAUCAUAUCCAGUGCAAACAAAGUGCAAUAUCAAGAGAUUGAGGAAGAAACGAUGAAGAUUGACUGGCCUGAGGAUUCAGUGGAAAGAGCUAAGAUAAUCAGAACGAAAGCAAAAUCAAUGACUGGAAAUAUGGAAGCAGUCUUCAACAGUUUCAUUACUGGCAUAUCAGAUGUAGCAGAAGCAUAUUUAGCAGCCAUUAAAACUGCUGCUUCUGAAGCACAAGAAGUUCUUCCUCAGAAAGCAGUCCAGGAGAAGACCGGUGCAUAUGCAGAACGUCUUCGUGCCGACCAUAGCACAGCUGUGGGUAAAUUGCAGGACGGGCUUCAAUAUUUGACUUAUUUGGUUCUCUCUACUUCAAUGCCUGCUUCAUGAAAGUUGAAACAACUCAAUCUGCAAGUACAUACAUAAAAAGCACUAUUGGUAGUUUUAUUUGUAAAUAUUUGUUAAAUCUCAUUAUGGUUUACACUGUCAUGUCUCGUACCUGGAAGUUUGUCAUUCAAAAAAAGAAAAAGAACAUCUUCCUUGCUAUCAACUAUUCGUAUUCCCGCUGUUUUAUUUAAGGGAAUGAUACUA